AAUGUUUUGUGUGUCUUAAGAUUGAUUUAUUUGCCUCUCUGGGGUUAAGCACAUUGCCUGUGUUUUACACGUGUCCAGGGCUUCACUUUCAGAACUGUUACGCUAAAUGGUGGUGAGCAGUAAGCUUUCUUACGGACCAUCCCGUGAGAUGCUCUGGAUGGGAAAACCUUGUGGAACUACCCCUCGUGCGGCAGGGGGCCCCUCAGGGCCCGGAAGGCGCUGCCCGCGCUGCUGCGGCCAUUAGCGGCACCGCGCCGCCGCGGGAAACUACAGCUCCCGGCGGCCCCUGCGCGCCCCCGCUUCCUGCCGCGCUAAGAUGGCGGCCGCCGCGGAACGUGUGGUCGCGGUGGCGCCGCCGGGCUACACGGGUAAGGGGGUCCGGGGCGGCGCGGGAGGGACCGGGAGCAGGGCUAAGGCGGGAGCGGAAUCCUUAACCGGUGCGUCGCUUGCAGCUCUGGCGGUGAAGUUCGGGGAGCGGCAGCGCUCGCCGCACUGCUUGCUGGUGAAGGAGCACCAGGUUCGGGAGGGCGCCGGCACCACGCACCCGGCUCGCCGCACCCUCUUCGUCCUCAACGUCCCCCCGUACUGCAGCCGGGACUCGCUGGUCAGGCUGUUCAGCCGCUGCGGCCACGUCCAGUCUGUGUACCUCUGUGACAAGCCGGAGCUGGGAGAGAAAAAAGAGAAGUCGACGUCCAAAUUCUUCAACCGCAAAACUGUUACGGGCUUUCAUGUAGCAUAUGUGGUGUUCAGGAAACCAGCUGGUGUCCAGGCAGCCAAGGCCCUGUCACAGGAAGGUCCCUUACUGAUAUCAACAGAGAGCCACCCUGUGAAGACUGGCAUUAGCAAGUGGAUUGCCAGCUACGCAGCCUCAGUUGUGGAUCCAAAGGAGCUGAAGGCUGAGGUGGAUGCCUACAUGCAAGACUAUGACAAAAAGAUAGCAGAGGAAGAAGCCAAAGCAGCCCAGGAGGAGGGCGUUCCAGAUGAGGAGGGCUGGGUGAAAGUGACGCGGAAGGGACGGAAGCCUGGCCUGCCCCGGACAGAGGCUGCCAGCCUGAGAGUGCUGGAGAAGGAGAAGCAGAAACGGGCCCGCAAAGAGCUGCUCAACUUCUAUGCCUGGCAGCAUCGCGAGACCAAGAGAGAACACAUCGCCCAGUUGAGGAAGAAGUUUGAGGAGGACAAGCAGAGAAUUGCAUUGAUGCGAGCCCAGCGCAAGUUUCGGCCGUACUGAGCUGUGCUGAGCUGCUCUUCACAGGCCUGUGAUGGGGAGAGAGGUGCCUGCAGACUCCAUGUGCCAAAAGCUUUCGAGGAUUGGAUGCAGCUUCAGGGUUGUCCCUGCCCUUGGAUCUGAAAUAGGAGAUCCCAGCAGCUGUUGCUGGAGGAAGACUUUCCUUUACCUGUGCAGGUAUCCUGCUCUCACAGCUGCUGUUCACUUCCCAGGGUAGCUGGGUCAAGGCACUAAAGUGCUUCCUGUGACAACCUGUAUCUCCUGUCCACCCAAGGCACUCCUAAAGCUUGGUGAAAGCUGGGACUGACCUAACACAGCCUCUGCAGGAACAGGGAACAGCUGAAGAACUGUAAAUAAACUGCUGCUAUGUUCUCAAAACAUGGGAAAGGCUCCAUCUCCCCCUUGGUUUGGGGGGGGGGGAUGGGACCACAGCUGCUUGUAUGCUGGGGUG